UCAUCACUUCGCUUCUGUUCUUUAUUCAAAUUUCCGCCCCUCGGCAAAGAAAAAGAGCGGUCGGCCAGAAGGUUUUUGUUUCUCCAGUUCUCGCGCAAUUUAUUGUUGGGAGUUGGUUGAAAAAUAACUCCUCGAGUCGCAAGGUAGAUUGGAGUUGCAGUAUUAUUUUCUUAAUUAUUUUUAAUUGGUAAAAAAAUGAUUCUGUUUUCCAAUAAUUUAUUGAAAGUUAGAGUUUUAGUUUGUCCAUUAGAAAAACGUUGAGUGCUGUCCCACGGAACAUUCUGUUGCUGACACUCAAGACAUCUUGCAUAUUAAGGAUAAUAACACGGCGAUCUCAAGAUGAGUUCCUCCGAACCAACCAAAGGAGCAGAUGAUCAAUCAAACGCUGAAGCUGGACUUAAUGAUCGUUUAACGUCUAAGCCAGAACCACAAUGUCCCUUAGCACAGGGGGAAUCGGACGAUUGGAAAGGUUCCAACAGGCCCCGGAGCAGGUGGAAAAUCUUCCUCGUGGUCCUCAACUUAGUGUUCGUCGUCUUACUCUUAACACUCUUCUUACUAUGGUACCUGAGAAUCCUACCAAGGGAUAUUUACGUAGAAGAACCUAUUAAAGAAAGUAAAGGCUGUAGUUCAUUACGUCUACCUCUGUGUCACAAGUACAAAGUUCCCUACGCGUACACAGUGUACCCGAACACGCUCGGGCACAUCAAUCAGAACGAGGCGAGUGAAGCUAUUGCCAGAUACGAACCUCUGGUCAGUGUGAAGUGUUAUUCUCUGCUGCCACUCUUCCUCUGCUCAAUUUACGCUCCAAAAUGCAUGGAAGAGGGGAGAUUGGUCCCUCCUUGCAGAUCACUCUGCCAAGAAACCAUUAGGAAAUGCGACUUUUUCCUCGGUGUGUUCUCCGUUUCCUGGCCUGAUGAGCUGAUCUGCGACGACCUGCCCGAAUCUCCAGACCCGGACAUUUGCAUAGGACACGAGCAGAUGAGGAAUUUGGACAUGACCGCCAGAGCCUGCAUUAAUGGAUUUCGGUGUGAUAAAACACGGUGUCUUCCUCAGUCCUGGGUAUGCGACGGCUUCUCUGAUUGUACAGAUGGAGCAGAUGAAAGAAACUGCAGUAACUGUGGACCCGACCAAUUUUAUUGCGGACAUGGUACCUGCAUUGACAAGGACUUGGUUUGUGAUGGCAUUAAAGACUGUCCAGAUGGAAGAGAAGAAAGGAGAUGCCUUCGGUUGACUGGAGAAGCGGAGCGAUUCGGAGAAGGCCGUUUAGAAGCCUAUAGCCUGAUAACAGACAGUUGGCAACCAGUGUGUGGAGAUCAGUGGGACACUGCCUCUAUGAGCCCAAGAGCAUGCGAAAUGCUGGGAUACACAAAUGUUAAAGAAACCAGGUUACGUGAUGAAGCUUUCCCAGUGGACAACAGAGUGGCAGUUGGAGCAGCUGGACCCGACGUAAAAACCCAGAUGAAGUCAUUGUUUUCAAGAAGUCACAAAGGUUGCGGCGGAGACAAUGUGUACGUGUACUUAAAAUGCCAAGACUUUGAGUGCGGAAAAUCUGCUAUUGCUAUGAGUGGUAUGAAACCGUCUUGGCGAAUUGUUGGCGGCAAAGAAUCGGAACCUGGCGCAUGGCCGUGGUUGGUGGCUUUACAUGGCGGCCCGGAUGAAGUUUUCUUUUGUGGCGGUGUCUUGAUUUCGGAGUGGUGGGUCCUGUCUGCUGCACAUUGUGCAGGAAAUCAAAGUGAUCCCAGCGGAUGGAGUUUAAAACUGGGCAUGACUCGAAGACCCUCUCAUCCAUCCUUCACUCAGCGUCGAGGGGUGGCACAGAUCAUAAGACAUUCGAAUUUCAGCUCCGUCAGCCUCUACAGCAACGAUAUCGUUUUGAUUCGGCUGGACAAGUACGUGACGUUCGACUCGUUCCUGAGGCCCAUUUGUCUUCCUCCCUACAAUCUGCCAGUGUCCGAGUUGCAAUCCUGCACGGUCAUUGGCUGGGGAAAGCAGCAGCAUGACGACGAAGCUGAUUAUCAGAAAGUGAUUCAUCAAGUGGAGGUUCCCAUUGUUAAUUUCGAUACUUGCCAGGAGUGGUAUUCUGCCCAGGAAGUGACCAUCUCGGACACCAUGCUCUGUGCCGGAUUUGCUGAAGGACAGAAGGACGCGUGCCAGGGUGACAGUGGUGGACCACUCGUUUGCAAGACUGAGGACCACUGGUUUGUAGCAGGCGUGGUCAGCUGGGGAAUCAAGUGUGCUCAGCCGAAUUUGCCAGGAAUCUAUACUAACGUUCCUCUUUAUGUAGAAUGGAUUGAAAAAACGACUGAAGAAGCCGGCUUUCCCAUUUACAAAAAAAGUACAAAAAAUUAGCUUAGUUAAGUGCAGCGACUUCACAACGUAACCGAUUCGUAAUAUUACAAACAACUUAAAUGUGCUAUUCUUUCACGUGUAGUGUAAAUUCUUUGUUUAUCGACACUUGAACGUUUAACGUUUCUUCGAUGCCCUCAAUCGAAAUAAUUGUGUGACGUCAUAGUCACGUGGUGAAUGCCACAGCGGAUCAAGCAUCUAUGUUGUGAAGUGAUGUAAUGCUACAAGCAGUAAAUGCGGAAUUUCAAUUUAAUGGUGCACUUGACUUAAAUAUGCCUCAAUAAUAUAAGUCAUGCACAUUUGAUUGACCUUGAUACAGGUAUAUUUAAUCACCUAUAAAUUGAAAAGAGUUGGGAACUACUUCUUUGUGGAUUCAAAACUAUUUAUACAGCACCAGUUUGGGUUUAGUUAUAUAAAAUAUAGCCAUGAUGACUAUUCAGUCUCUUGUUGGACAUUAUAGAUGGCUAUUAACUGUCAUGAUAUUUACAUUGCAUAGCUAGGAAGAGAUAGGCGACAAGUUCUGAAUUUCAUCUAAAAAUAACUCAAUUUUGAAAUUCAAAAUAAUGAAGAUUGCGAUUAACUGAUGUAUUGGAUAUAUGAGUGCGUUGAAUAUUUAUGAAUACAGUAUAAAACGUUGCUUAUACAAAAAAAAAACUGAAACAAGUAUUAGUGUUAUUUCAUUUGUUUGUCUUCUGGUAUUAAAACUAAUAUCUACGGAGACUCACUGUUAGACCAAAAAGAAUUUUUACUUAUAGUAUUUUGAUGUAUAAACUCAUAUAUGAUGUAUAUUUGCUAAGUAUGAAUGCGAAGUAUGAACUAUGACAAGAAUAUAUGCUUCAUUAUAGUUGUUAUAAAUGUAAUUUUGACAUAUCUUGCUUUAAUUGUCAUUUUAAUUUAUGUGUUUUGUUUCGCACCGAUGCCAAAAACAGAUGAUCUCUACUCUAUUUCAGUUAUUUAAUGUAGUAUUGCAUCGAAAUGAGACAAUGAAUUUUCCAAAAUGAAGCUCUAGGUAUUGAAUUUAAAUGAUCGGUCACUUUCAUCUUAGAGAAAAAAAAUUUUAAAAAAUUCCACCUAGAUGCAUAGGAAAGUUGUGUUCUUAUAUCAUAAUUUUUGCAUUUCGGGAUUUGAAAUUUGUGAUAUAGUAUUAUUGCCAGCUUUAUAUUUUGCGGUUUCAUAAGCACUUUGAUAUACCAGAUUGUCGCUAUUGUUUUAAAAGUAAAUUAAAAUUCAUCAAAUCAUUUAUUACAUUUUGAUAUCAAUUUCUCAAAAAAUAAAACAUGAUGCACGUUAUUGUGUUCGAUAUUAUAAAAAGAAGCAAUGGCUCAUUCGGGCUGUAGAACUGCAGCACUCAUGAAAUUAUUUUAAAAGCUUCUUUUUGUUUCAUUUUAAAACCGAUUGGUUAUUUUUUACACUUUAAGAGUUCGCUCAACAACGAAUAAUUAUUUUAAAAAAUCACAGGCAGAAAAGGAAUCAAUGAAUUGCGUAGAAAUAGCCUUAAAAGCAUCAAAAUUCGCUCACCAUCUCAAUACAUGUGCAAUGAAGAAGAAAAUGAAAGAUUCCUGUCAUUGAAUUAGCGAUGAAUGGGCUGCUGUAGGCACUGACCAGAUUUGGCACACGGCCAAUUCUAAGGUCGGUUGUUGCAUAAAUAAUAUUAUUGUAAAAUAUUAUUUAUUAUCUGAGUAACUGAUGUAGUGACAAGAAAGUCCAAAUGCCUCAAGCUUUAGCUUUAAGCCAAGUAUACCAAGAAGAGGAAUUAUCAGAGAGUUUAUAAAAAGCUAUUAAUAGGUGAAAAAAAUGCUAAUCUCUGGAGAAUUUAUUCUUGUUGUGCAUUGUUGUAUGUAAACUUUUCUGCGAUUUUUUUCUGUAAAUAAUGUUUUUUUUUCCCUUUUCAUACAAACCUAAGCAUUUGAGGAACAAUAAUAUUUUUAUUUUUGGAGAAGCUGUGCAAUGAUUUUCAAACCGAAUUAGCUGUAGAUAGGAUUUUCAUGAUUUUUCUUCUAUCUUCUGAUUGUAAAUGUAAAUAAACUGUGUGAAAUGCAUCUUAGGCUGUUGUUUCAGAUGUUACGUGAAUUGAUGCUUACACUGUCGUCAUUUACAUUUUUUUCUCUUAUUUUUCCACCGUAUAUGCAUGCACUGAUUAAUACAAGAGACUUGUGUAAGAUAAUUACUUCUUAAUUUAGAAUUUUAUUUUAGGUGUUUGUUAAGUUUAAGAAAAGAACUUUAUGCAUUUGUGUACUGUAAAAUGUGAAUAAAAACUUUCCAAUAA